AUGUCCAACCAAUCGAUGUACUCCGGCGUCAAGCCCAAAGAAGCUCGCAUCUACAUCAUCGGUCCAAAACACUCGGGCAUUGAAGAAAUAGGCAAAGCCCUGCUUAGGUCAGACAUAAAGUGCCUGAAGCGUACUACUGAUGUCAAAGCUACCUGUCAACAGUUUCGAGCAUCAGAUGGCGAAGAAAGACUUAGCGCCCUCUGGAAUGACACAGUAUACAAUGAAAAAUUAGAGGACGGCAGGCUUCGGAUUCCUGACGAAAAUCUUGUUGUCAUGGUUAAGAGCGAUUUGAACAGCGCUAUGGUAAGAUGGGCGUUGAAGCAUGGUGAGCCCAGCAUAAAUGAUCAGAGGGAUGACACUCGUGAGGAACAGACCAGUGGGUUCUUCCUCCAGAGCUUUACACGAAAGAUACACAGCGCCGUGGAGAAUCUGCAGCCAGAACAGGUCCAGAAACAGACGGCGAGGGCAAAGGCCUGUGCGACAUAUGUUGAAGAGCAAAAGGAAGCUGAGAGGGUUUUCGCGGACAUGAAGAUGCAACCCGACACCCGUUCGUUGGAAGUAAAUGGAGAUGAAAGAAUGUUGGCUGUGAAGAAAAUCUGUGAGGAAUGGGUGGCAAUGCAGCUUGGGAAUGGGGGAGAUGCUUGA